UCGUCACCAUGUACGAUGGGGCGAGGGUGCCUUCCCCCCAGGACAUUGUUAACGGUGUGCUUCCUACGGCCGUGGCCCUGGCAGGAACAGGGGCCGGGGAGGGCGGGUCAGCGUCGGUACCCGCCCCGGCUGUAGGGCCCAAGCCAGAAGAAGAGGAGGAGCCUAGCCCGGAGCCUGUCCUAGUGAAGAAGGCCCACAGGCAGAUCCUAGACCAUGACAGAAAGAGGAGGGUGGAGCUGAAGUGCAUGGAGCUSCAGGAGAUGAUGGAGGAACAAGGGUACUCUGAGGAGGAGAAUCAGCCAGAAGGUUGGCACCUUCAGACAGAUGCUGAUGGAGAAAGAAGGGAGUGAUCACCAGAGAGGGAGCACACACAG